CACGUUAAAAAUUGUCAAAAACUGUGUAAUGGAGCUAGUCGUCGUGGCUCAGCUUUUACUAGGCGCGAGCCCACCGACGGUCUGUUAUUAGACUCAGAUCACACUACUCAGAUGAGGAGUUUGAUGUUUAAGGAUUUGGAGGGAUGUUGUUGUGAGUGAUGGGUCUCUAUAAGAACAAUACUGAACUUUCUCGAAGAGGAGGACGAAAGUUGAGCCGGUUUUCAAAUAACGGAUUGCUGUUUUGGGUGUUUUCACUUGCUGUCCUCUGCUUUAUCUCAUUCGCUGUUUUUGGCUUAGGGAUGCACUUCCAUGGUAAACUGGAACGUGGCAUGUUGCCUUGGAGAGAAUUACAAGAAGAUUAUAUUGGGCAUGAUUUCCCUGACCGCCCAACAAAGAAACCCCGUAGGCAGCGUUUUUUCCCUUGUGAGGUAGCAUUUAGGGAUUCCGUCAAUUUUCUUAUUGAACCCAAGGACUUUUUGAAUUUCACCCAGUUUUCCUUGGGAUAUAUGGAAACAGAAAAGGAAGCUUCCCAUAUUGAUGCUCAUGAACCCAAAUUUGGUGGACAUCAGACCUUUGAAGAAAGAGAACAAUCAUUUUUUGCUGUAAAUCAAACAAUUCGUUGUGGUUUUGUUAGGGGAGCUGAGGGUUUUCCAAGUACUGGAUUUGAUUUGAAAGAGGAGGAUAAAAGAUACAUGAGUACAUGCAGAGUGGUUGUAUCAUCAUGUAUUUUUGGAAGCUCUGAUUUUCUAAGAAGGCCAACAAGCAAAUUGAUCAGUGAGUAUUCGAAGAAGAAUGUAUGUUUUGUUAUGUUUGUCGAUGAGGAAACUCUUUCCACUCUCUCAACAGAAGGAAGCACACCUGAUGAUGGUGGAUUUGUUGGUUUGUGGAAAUUAGUUGUUGUCAAGAAUUUACCAUACACAGAUAUGCGUAAAACAGGGAAAGUGCCAAAGUUUUUGACACAUCGCCUCUUUCCUUCUUCUAGGUACUCUAUUUGGCUUGAUAGCAAACUGCGGCUCACAACUGAUCCAAUGUUGAUAAUUGAUCAUUUCUUGUGGCAAACUGGCUCCGAGUAUGCCAUUUCAAAUCAUUAUACUCGGCAUUGUGUUUGGGAAGAAGUACUCCAAAAUAAGCGUCUAAAUAAGUACAAUCACACUGCCAUUGACGAACAGUUUUCAUUUUACCAAUCUGAUGGUCUUACCAAAUUUGACCCUUCAGAUCCAAAUCCUCCUCUGCCGAGCUAUGUGCCUGAAGGUUCUUUUAUUGUCAGAGCACAUACACCCAUGUCAAAUUUGUUUUCUUGCCUCUGGUUCAAUGAAGUUGACCGAUUUACUUCACGUGACCAACUAAGCUUCGCGUAUACACUCCUAAAACUGAAGAGAAUGAAUCCAGACAAACCAUUCCAUUUACAUAUGUUUAAGGACUGUGAGCGUAGGUCACUGGUCAAGUUAUUUCAUCACAGAGAGCCAUCCUCUCCGCCUCCUCCAAGAAUAAGUUGAUAUUCUUCAUUAUUUACAAGGACUUGGUAAACUGGACCUCUUGCUCAUCCCACUUGAACUAAUAUUCAGUUUGAAGAUGAACUGAUGCACUUCAUUGACAGCUAGAUAUUAUACGUAUUGGGACGCGGAAUUAUUUUAGGCUCUACUGACUAGGUGACAGAACUUCCAUUGAAUACCUUUGGUUUGUUAUUUUGGCCCAAGAGAAUGGGCACUAGCUCACUGAUCUGCCUUUGAGCCACCCUCUUCUUGUGAUUGAGGACGGAGUAGUAAGCUCGUAAGGUGUCACUGCAGCUUGGAUUAUCCUUGCUGUUGGAUAUUUUCUGAGACUACUUGUGGGUUCAGAUCCGAACAAGUUCUGCAGAAGCUUGUAAAAAUGUAUUUAACUGUAGUAGAGACUCCACUAAGAGGAGCGCAGACCAUCUCAUCUGAAACACUUGUACAAUCUUGACCAGAUAUACUUUCUGUAUAUUGGAUAUUGUAUUUUCUCAUUUCCAGCUAACAUUGAUGAAAUUAGUCCAUCUCACCAUAUCGAGCCAUGGAUCUUUUGGCA